AUGACAAUUCAAUUUAUUCCUGGUGACCCAAACAGGUCGAUUGACUGUCUCAGUCAGACACGAUGGCGAAAUCACCAUAUCAUAGCUUAUGGUUCUGGUAACAACCUAAUCAUUCUGACUAGAACUGAUGGAAACAAAAGCAUUCAGACGAUAUACCUUGAGAAAGAUCCCAUCUCAAUUGAUAUAAAUUCCAAAACUGGAAUCAUCUGCAUCUCUUCAGGCACCCUAAUAAUCGUGCUCAAGCCUGUUAAUGAGUACAUGUCCAUACCAAAAUGGACCGAAGCCCUUCGCAUAAAUAACGACAAUUCCGAAGUGCUUUGCCUCAAGUGGUCAACUGAUGAGGAUGAAUUAGCAGUUGGGUCUACCAAUUUUCUCUCAUUGUACCAUGUAUUUGAGGAGUACGGUGAAAUAAGGUAUUCUAGAAGAUGGCAUAUGAAACAAGCCAACCCGACAGAACAUUUAGAUAUAACAAAAGCAGCAGACAAAAUUGUGACUUACAAUUCCUCAACAUUCGAUAGCUUUGCAAAAAUGUGGCAACGUAUCAACUUCGGUGACUCCAACACCCUCUUUGAGCUAGAUUUCCUACAGCACGAUGCUGAUGUUUGGCUCACUGGAAUCCAGUGGCGCCCUUCAAAUUACGACCGUGAAGAUGAUAUUCAUGCAAUGGCUCAUAUUAAGAAUUUGCGAACAAUUAUUCGGAACGAUGACUCGAACGACGUUUUAUACACCAGAACUAGUGAUAAUAAGCUUCAUGUCUGGGCUACAUUUGACUACAGUGGCCACUCCCAUAUCAAAAGGUGGACACUGUUGAGUCUAAUUGAUAAACUCACCUCGAAUUAUGUUACCUCUUUGAUCAUAGAUAAUCAUUCUCUACAGCUAUCAUUGGUACCAGUACUUGAGAGUAUCCGAACAAAUAACAAUAUUACGAAAGCCUUGAAUUCAGUUGACCUACGGCUGUCCGAUAUUCUUCUUGUGUGGGGAAGCAACGGUGAGCUUGUCAUUCAUGCGAUAUCAAAUAUUGAUGAGAAUCCGCCUAAUUCUGUCAACCUCAUCUAUAUCAUGACAAUUGAAUGCAAUAGGCACUGCAUUCCAAACUAUUCGACCGGCAAGGCUCUUCUCGCCGCCAAAAAUGAACCUGUUACGCUGGACGCGUUUCAAAUUGCGUCAAACCCGAUUAUUGCAAGUCAUUUUGUUUGCGCCAAGGAGUUCUUCCAAUUCCUCAUUCACGAUAGAAUCAAGAACACCGUACGUUAUAAUGAGAUUAGCAUUACGAAGCUACUUGAAAAACCAAAUAAGGCGGUGGCACUUAAAAGCAAGUAUCAAGGACACGCCAAAUCAAUUCAGAAGCUCAUUACUUCAACGUCUUCAUUCGAAGGAAAUAUUUUGCUAUCUAUCCUGGGAUAUCCCGAGCAUAACUAUAUUUGGGAGCCCUUGUUACUAGAACCCGAAAAUCAGAAAUUCAUGUCUAUCACGAAACGAUUUCGUCUCAAUGUCACAAGAGACGAUUCCGAUGAUGCAGACCAGGGCAUUCAGGACGCAAUUCUCAUCAAUGAUAUAGAAUCAACCAAGGGCCCGCUCAGACAUCACCUUGCUUUUGUGAUAGAGAAGGGGGGAUAUGCUAGUCUUUGGGAUUGUGAUGGUGUAACCAUGGAUGACAAAGAUGCAGAGCUAAUAGAUCGUCAGGAGAUAUUAGAUGACCAAAAUGACAAGAUAAGAACAGCUCCUCUAGCUUUUUCAUUGCAUGAAAUUGCUCCCAACGUUCAUGGAAUCAUUGCCAUCUUUCAGCAUGAUCUAAUAAAGGCCUGGAAAGUCACAAUUGAUAACGGAAACAUCUCUAUAUCCUACUUAGACGCUCAAAACCUUCCGGGUGAAUACAAGGGCCAUUGCCAAGUUUCCGCCGUGGACACUUACCUUGAGAAAGACAUAUCUGCUAUUGAUGAAAGAGGAGUUUUCAGAUCUCUUUCGCCUGUGUUUUCUGAGAAGUCUGGCUCAUUUGCAUGGUCGCAGAAUAUUCAGAUCCAUACCAGGAUCCCCAAAUCAUCAAACAUUCAUGGAGCAUCAUUAAUCAAGAAGUUAGCUCUUGUUGAUGAAUCUGGGUAUGAGUUAACCAUAUGGGACACUCAGUCCGGCUUGUUGGAGUAUAAAGAAGUCUUUCCAGAAAAAUUCGGGAAAGUGAGAGAUCUCGACUGGACCUUCACAGGUGCAAGCCAUGAAUCCACCAAUGCAAUCUUGUCGGUUGGAUUUUCCCGAUUUGUCCUACUCUACACCGAAUUGAGAUAUGAUUACACUAAUCGAAUACCUACGUUUGCUGUGUUGAAAAAAAUAGAUAUUUCAGAGUUCACGUCGCAUGAAAUAGCAGACCUGAUUUGGAUUGAUGACGGCUACUUGGCAAUUGCUUGUGGCAAUCAGUUCUUCAUAGAUGACAAAUGGGUUAACCUUACAGAUUCGUCUACAUCCUCUGCUAGCAAGUCUAUUAACGACACUAUCAAGCAACUAAUGAUCGGAUAUAAUGCAGAACCCACAAGCUACCUUGUCUCUGAUUUAGUGAGGAUCUUGAACGGUCCCUUGCCCCUUUAUCAUCCUCAAUUUUUGAUUCAGGCACUAUUUAACAACGAAGUAAAGCUAGUGGAAGAAAUUCUUGUCAGGUUACUUCAAGUUUUGAGAGCUGAUGAGCCAGUGAAGUGGAACCUUGAUUUUAAUUUUCUCGAGGCCAUUAUUCCAGAGAAGAAGCCAAAAUUGAGGCGUCGUUUGUCGCAAAUUGACGGGCUAAUAAAUGGACAGGUCGAGAUUUUUAGCGUCUUCAAUGACGUUGUUCUGAAUCUCUUGGUGGAAAAGCUCACGAAAGUCUCACUCCCGUUGCUCACGAGGCAUCAGCAAAUCACGUUGACUAAUGUGGUUACCAUAGUCAACGAUUUGUCGCAAUUCAAAGGAUCUAUGGAUGAGAAUGGCUUAAAAUUUUUACUAGCAUUCAAGUUGUUCCAAACUUCUCUGAAGCAAAGUCGGCUUUCGAUGCGAGACAUAAGCUGGGCGCUACAUAGUGACCAGAAGGAGAUGUUGUUCUCUCACGUUGACACCGUCUACCAUGGCCAAAUGAGUUGGGAAAACGUCAAGCAAACGGGCUUAACUCGAUGGGCUGACAUCAACAGACUCAUUUCAAUAGUGGAGAGUGUUGCCAGAAAUGAAUUUGGUAAUAGCAGAGAUCUCUCGGGGCUUGUCUCUGUCCUUUUCUUGGCUAUAAAGAAAAAACAAGUCCUCCUUGGCUUGUGGAGAACCGUUUUUCAUCCUGAGAAGGAUAAGGUGCUUAAGUUCAUGAGCAACGACUUCACAGAAAAGAGAUGGCAAACUGCAGCUCUGAAAAAUGCUUUUGUUUUAUUAGGAAGACACAGAUAUAUGGAUGCUGCAUAUUUCUUUCUACUUGCUGGCCUUGUCAAAGAUUGCUGCAUCACUUUAUGUAAUAAACUUGAUGAAGUGGAACUUGCACUCGCUGUCUCAAGAGUCAAUAAAGCCGAGGAAGUUACCAUGCACAUCAUCGAGAAUUACAUCCUUCCUCAGGCGUUGCUUAAAGGUGAUCGAUGGAUGACAAGCUGGGUAUUUUGGCAACUCCGAUUAAAAGAAAUCUCCGUUCAGGCUUUAAUUAAAUCUCCUAGAUCCGUGGUCAAGAAGAAUCUAGGACAUUUUUCCGAUGCUUUUAAAAAAGACUUUCAAGAGAUGAAGUUUCAGGCUCAAAGCAAGAGUUUUCUUCGAGAUGAUCCUUUACUAGCAGUUAUGUUUGAUAAGUUGAGAGCGUCUAAGCUGAACUACCUUGAGGGUUCACGAGCUGUUACGCAGGAGGAAGAGUUUGACUUUGUCAUCAAAGUCAGCUCCAUUUAUUCGAGGAUGGGGUGUGAUUAUCUUGGCUUACUACUAGUGAGAAAUUGGAAGUUCUUAAAUCCCCUCAAUCAGUCUCUAAACACCAAACAAUCACUGAACGGUAAAGACUUAUUUCAAGAGUUUUCGGGACCAACCAGUGAUUCCAAACUACAAGCCGACUCUGCUGCUUUCCAGGAACCCGACAUGAGUGCUUUCAGUUUCGGCUUCUGA